AUGACUUCAGUUUUGGAAUUCGUCUUUUUAAAAAAUGUUGUGUUAUACUUGGAAACCAUAAACGAUGUUAUAAAAUUUUUAAUGAUUAAUAAGAAGUUGCGAAGCGUAGUGGAAAGUAUGUACAUCAACACAUACAAUUUAUCGAGUUCAACAACAAUAGAAAAGAUUCUCAAAAUAUUUCCAAAUCUUGACACUCUUUAUAUUAAUUCCAUCAUGUCACCAAUAUGUACACUUUCAGACACAUCAAUCCCACUUAUUGAAGCAAAUAAGUCGAUGUCUUCUUCGAGUUUAGUCGAAUCAAUGAACUCAAAUUGGUUUCCAUCGAAAGUUCGCAAGAUUCACGUUUCUUGGAAAGAAAUAGAAGCUCUUGGAAUUAACGCGAGUUGUUUUACACAACUUAAAAGUGUGUUUAUUGAUUUUACUUUCAAUGAAGAUUAUUCUUCAUAUUUACCGAAGAUAUAUAACAUCAAAUCACUUGAAAAGGUAAUUGUGUUAUUUCCCGAGUCUAUAAAAAGAGACGUUGCCAAUUACGACUUUUCGACUCGACGAGAUGUUGACUUCAUAUUUGUAAUGUUUUAUGAUGAAUGCUCACUUGUACGUACUAGCGUAGAAAGUGGCAUUACACAUCAUGUGCCUUUACAUUUACUUCCUGAUAAUGUGAAGGUGUAUUCCCAAUUUCUCUCACAAGAUGUUCUUGAUUAUGCUUAUCAUUUUAUUCCAAAAUUUUCCAAAAAAGUUGGUGAAUUCCAAAACAUCAUUUGUGUAUCGCCAAAUCUAUCGGAACACAAUGAAUUGAUUGAAAAGACAAUGAAAACGUGUUAUGUUGAUUGUGUGCAAUUUGUUGGUAUUGAUAUAUCGUCUUAUGAAAAGUACACUAAAACAAACAAAGAAGAUCCUUUUCUUAAGUUUAAUUACAUUGACAUCAAAACCAUUAGAGGAAUUUGGAUCAAAUACGUUUCACUGGGUAAAAUCACUUUGCCUCAAAAUUUAAAAAUCCUCACAUUACAAAAUGUCAAUGGAAUUUCACUUGAAAAUGAAAUUAACACAGAAGAAAUUUACAUCGAAAAUUACAGCGGAAAACCUCUGAAAGUUAAUUAUAAAAAUUUAAAGAAAUUUUUGUGUAUGAAUUCAAUGAGAUACAUUUCAUUUUUUGACAACAAUCAAAAAUUAACCAAUUUUCGUUUUGACUGGGAUGUGUGUGACUAUUUUUUGGUAAAAAACAAAGGAAACUCAUUUAAAAUUGAAAUAGAAAAAGAAAAUAAGGUUAUUUCCCAAAUCAAGACAUCAUCAUUCGAGUUAGUAAAUGGGUGUUUGACACUUAAUGAGUGUGAUGGGUUUACUUUAACAAAAAUUUCGUUGAACGAAUUAAAAAUGAAUGGGAAAGGGUUGUGUGAAACCAUUGAAUUGGGGGAUAUAAAAACAGUUUUAAUAGAAGACACAAAUGUGAACAAUCUCAUUAUGGGAACAUCUAAUGAUGUAACACUUGUUAAUUGUAAUGUCAAAGUAUUUAAAAUAGUUGCAGCUUCACUUUUGACUCAAAGAAACACAAGAAUCCAACGUAUAGAUGUUGUUGAAACAAUUGGUGACACUAUCAUAGAAAAUGAUAAUACUUUUAUAGAUACAACAAACGAAAAAAACUUUCUGGAAACGAACAAAGACAAACAAAAAGAAGCCAAUUGUUUCAUUCAAUAA